AUGCGACAUGCUAGAAACAUUUCAAAUACACCGAACAAAAAAGGGAUUCGAAACGACCAUGUACAAGAGAUCCCUGUUCAACAGCAGCUUGCCCCUGAGUUCUGUGAAGUACGGACAACAUCAGUUGAGAACCUGCUUUAUGUGAAGGAGGAUCUUAUCAUUCCUCAUCAACACAGCUUCUAUGAAUUAAUUAUUAACAAAGCGAGGGGCAAGAGUGGACCGCUUUUUCAUUUUGAUGUUCAUGAGGAUGUCCGUACCAUCGCCGAUGCAACGAAAGAGAAGGAUGAGGUGAUGCGCGGGGAGGUUGUAGAGAGGCAUUGGUAUGAGAAAAACAAGCAUAUAUUCCCGGCCUCAAGAUGGGAGAUCUAUGACCCAACUAAAAAGUGGGAGCGCUACACAAUCCAUGGGGACUAGAGUGUAGAAUAUCACAUACAGAGCUAAGUUAUUUGUACUCGAGAUGCCUGGAAUUACUACCACAUUGUAUGAGAAUGAUGCGAUGUGUCAUGAGUGGAAUAGGAAAGGUUAUUAGUGUUGUAUGAAUGUGCGAUUUACUUU